AUGGAUUAUGAGAUCCAGUACAAAAGAGGGAAGGACAAUGUGGUUGCUGAUGCAUUAUCAAGGAGGGAAGAACAGAAGGAUCCUGCAGAAACAUCUGUUCAUGCUAUCACUACUAUUAAACCUCAAUGGUUGACAAUGGUAGCUGAGAGCUACAAUGGUGAUGACCUUGCAAAAGAAAUUCUACUGAAAUUGGCCAUGGGAGCUGAUGCACUGCCUGAUUACUCUUAUAGCCAAGGAAUUCUAAGGUACAAGGGAAUGAUAUGGGUGGGAGCAGCUUCUGCAUUAAGGCAAAAGUUAAUCUCUUGUUUUCAUGAUUCUUUCCUUGGAGGACAUUCUGGGAAUCAUGGACUGCUGCAGCCAUUGGCCAUACCUGAGCAAGCUUGGCAACAAAUUUCUAUGGAUUUCAUAGAGGGGUUACCCAAGUCCUUUGGCUGUAAUGUCAUUUAUGUGGAGGAACUCUUCAAGAUGCUAGGUACAGAGUUGAAUCUUUCUUCUACAUACCACCCUCAGUCUGAUGGACAGACAGGAAGGGUUAAUAGAUGUGUGGAAAGCUACCUAAGGGGCACAUUAGUAGCUGCUGUGGAGGACUGGGCACAGAAGCGAAUAAGUUGGAACUCUUUGCUCAAGGAGAAUCUGCUAAAAGCCCAGAAUAGGAUGAAGCAAACUGCUGAUAAAGGGAGAAGUGACAGGAAAUUUGCAGUUGGUGAUUGGGCUUAUUUGAAGCUCCAACCUUACAGACAGACUUCUAUAGCAGUAAGAAGGAAUUUGAAGCUGUCGGGUAAGUGCUAUGGGCCCUAUCAGGUGGAACAAAAAGUGGGGAUUGUAGCUUAUAGAUUGAAGCUGCCUGAAGGUUCUACCAUACAUCCUGUUUUUCAUGUCUUACUACUCAAGAAGUCUCCAAAGAAAGCUCCAGUGAGUACCACAUUGCCUACCUUGAAUGAAGACAAGGACUUCAAAGUUGCUCCCUCAGUAGUAUUGGAUAGGAGGACAGAUUAUAGGAAGGGUCAGGGAGUUGAGCAGGUGUUAGUAUAG